AUGCCGCAGACAGCAAGGAGAAAAGAUGCAUCGACUGUGGGCCCAAUACUAUCGCAUCGACCCGGACACCAAGAUCUCCGACAAGGCUUGGGCACAGAAGCUCCUGCAGAAGGCUUCCCUCAGCCGCAGCGGGUGCCAAGUAUGACUCGAUUGAGAUUGAGAAGGCUCUUCGAGUUUCGAGUUCGAUGUGGUCGCAUUCAUGAGGAGGAGAAGCGCUCCACGUCUUACAAGUCUUCAAGGGAGACAGGCGGCAGAGAUGAGAAGACGAACUUCAUGCCAAGGAAGUUCAUGAAGAAGAAGCCCCACCAUACCCAUGUGGCGGAGGAGGCCCAUGAGGAGGAUCAGGAAGAGGGCGGUGAAGAAGCAGAGAAUGAAGAAGAAGGAUUGUCUCCUGUUGAAGAGGAACUGGAGGAGGAUGCGAUGGAGUCUGAUGAGGAUGAUGAGGCAGAAGAAAUAGAAGAUGACGAGCUGAAAGAAGCAUUUGCGGCAGGAUGGAAGGAAAAUAAGCAGAAGACAGCCUUCGCCAGAAAGAACAGAGGAUGGAAGCAAACAGACAACAAAGAAAACAAUGGCAUCGAUGGGCAGAAGAGCCUGGAUGCCCGCAAGAAGGUUACCGGUUACCACAUGCAGCUCAUGUGGAAAGCUUGGACAUUGGCCAACUACUGCUCGAACUGCGGUUCGGUGGCGGAAGAAGAACCACCUGAUGCAAGGAUGAGCAGUGGCAAAAGACUAACAGAUUUUCAGGAGUGUGAAGAUGGAGGAUUUGAUCUCGUGGGCGAAGAAGAGCCAGAGCCCUUUACAUACCCAGUGUUGCGAGAUCAGGUUUUGGCAGCAGCAAAGAUGAAGGCCAAGGCCAAGCCAAGUCAGAAGGAAAGGGUGAGCCUCCCAGCACGGGAAGUGUUGGCAGCUCUGCCAUCCAUGUCCAAGGAGGAGAAAAGAAGGCUCCAAUUACAACUGGCACAAGAAGAACAGCUAUAUGCUUCGACAAGAGCCAGUGCCAUUGGCUCUUGUACAGAAGAACCAUGGAUCCCUGAAGAAGGCCCAAGGCACCAUGGUUAUGAAGCAGGGCGUAUGGAAGGAGUGUCAGCUAUGGGCGCGAGAAGCUCAGGGAGUCAGGCCCCUGUGGUGCCAAGCAAGGACAAGCCAAAGGUCUUUAAGGACAAGGAGCUGGCACAGAUGAGGAAGACCUACCUCUAUGAUCGAGGACAUGUGAUCUCAAGCAUGCGAUCUAUCACAGCCACCGGCACGGCACGUUGGUGGUCACAGCAAGCAUGUGCAUUCAAGAAGCGAGUGCCUUGGCUCCCUGACAGCGAUGGACCAGAUCGAAAGCAGAUCUGUUUCAGGGUCACUCGAAGCCAAGCAGGAAGGGUCCUGGAACAGAACAAGUUGAGGCCCCCAAAGGAAUGGAGUGAACCGAAAAAGCCCCAGCAUCUUGUGACGGAGUUCUGGUACAUGCCAGUCUCCGAGAUCCAUGAAGAAGGUUUCAUACAAGUCCAGACUGCAAGCAUGGUCAUAGCAGAUAGCAGAUGCCGAAACUCAGUUGGAGGAGAACUGCGGCAUGAACGCUAUCAGAAGAUGCUGAAGAGCAAGGGGCUGCCGUGGCAGGAGAUUGAAGAACAUGAGGUCUACCGCUUUGGAGCAGGGGAGCCAAUUGUCUCCCGAACGACAUACCUCUAUCCCGUCCAGGUGCACGGGAAAUGUGAUGUCAUCCGUAUGUCCAAGGAGUUUGAGGAGCUGAAGCAGUUUUGGGAGUCUGAAGAAGGCCUGAAGAUGCAGGAAGCAGCUCACUAUGAGGUCCCAACCCUUGGCUUUCACCGCGCCUUGUAUGAAGGAGAUGAGGAGGAGUCCAGCUCAGGAUGCGACAAGGAGCAGGAUCAGGACUCAGACACGUCCCAUGAGCAAGGAAUUGAGGAGGUGACCGACGACUCAUCAGAGGAGGCCAACAAGGAUGAUCUCAUGAAGGAGAGGCAUGGCAGCUAG